GAUGCAAGUAUGGACAUAACAGCCUAUGAUGAUUACUCCAGUCCACCGCUUCAGAGAUAUUGAAAGGAAACCUGAAUACCUCCAGCCAGAAAAGUGUGUUCCACCUCCUAGCCACGCUUCCCUGGGAACAAUGUGGUUUAUUCGAGAUGGCUGUGGUAUUGCAUGUGCUGUCGUUACCUGGAUGCUGGUGUUCUAUGCCGACUUUGUAGUCCUUCUUGUCAUGCUAGUUCCAUCGAGAGAUUAUGUUUAUAGUGUCAUCAAUGGCACACUGUUCAACACCUUGGCUUUCCUCGCUUUGGCUUCACAUUUUCGUGCUAUGCUGACAGAUCCAGGUGCUGUACCCAAAGGUAAUGCCACAAAAGAGUUCAUCGAGAGUUUACAGCUAAAGCCAGGACAGGUGGUUUACAAGUGCCCAAAAUGUUGUAGCAUCAAACCUGACAGAGCACAUCACUGCAGUGUUUGCAAGAGGUGUAUUCGGAAAAUGGACCAUCACUGCCCGUGGGUCAACAACUGUGUAGGAGAGAAUAACCAGAAGUACUUUGUACUGUUUACAAUGUAUAUAGCACUGAUUUCCUUGCAUGCUCUAAUCAUGGUGGGAUUUCACUUCUUGUAUUGCUUUGAAGAAGACUGGACAAAAUGCAGUUCCUUCUCUCCGCCAACCACAGUGAUUCUUCUCAUCCUCUUGUGUUUCGAGGCUCUCUUAUUUCUCAUCUUCACCUCGGUUAUGUUUGGGACCCAAGUACACUCCAUCUGCACUGAUGAAACGGGAAUAGAACAGUUGAAAAAGGAAGAGAGAAGAUGGGCUAAAAAAACAAAAUGGAUGAACAUGAAAGCAGUAUUUGGCCAUCCGUUCUCUAUAGCAUGGCUUAGCCCAUUCGCAACACCAGACCAAGGAAAAGCAGACCCGUACCAGUAUGUGGUCUGAGGAAUUCCUGACCAGCAUUUCCACUAAAAUAGAAAUACAUUACAGCACUACUGUUAUAAUUUUUCCAUGAAUGUUUAAAACAAAAAGCAAAACAAACUUUUUUAUCUCUAUCAAAUGGCUGAUAAUUGCAGAGAAAAAAAAGCCCUGUAUUCCACAAUUUUAGAUAAUUCUAUAUCUCUGGCUGAAACUGCUGCUGCUUUUCUUAUUUUUUUUUUCCCCUUCCCUUUCCUGUUUUGGGUUUUGGUUUUUUUUUUUUAAUCUUGUUAACUUUACUGGCCUUUGUUUCUCUCUGCUUUCUGUAUGGCGUAACUAAUGUGAAGGGGAUCUUCUUUCUCUGUGGUGACCCACCUCUUCAGAGUAGAUCCUCAUGCUAUCUCCUGACUGUGAUGAGCUCUGUGGAAGACAUAUGAGUGCCAACAGCCCCACACAGACACCUCUGGACUUCCUGAGGGAGCACGUUGCUCUGUCCUAAGUGAACUCGAACGGGGAAGCAGACACCUCGCUUACCGAAAGGUGCAAGACAGGAACGCAGCACAGCAAGAGAGCCAGUUGACCUGGUGAUCGCACACAGUUAAAAGUACUUAAACGUGGCCAACAGCAAUUCCCACUCCACCCUCCUUUU